CGACCGAGCGGGAAAGACGCUGGGAGGUGACAGGGAGGGGAGGACCGGGACCGGGCUCGGGACCAGUCAAUGGCCGCAGGUGCAAGAGCCGGACCUCGAGGAGCAGGCCUGUGGGGCGUCACAAAGGGCCGGGUCCCCGGCGUCCUGCGGUCCGGCCGGGCCUCAGCCAUGGCCGGGGUCCUCGGCCGCCUCCUGCUCUGGUUGGCACUGCUUGGAGGCCGGGCCCUUGGCUGCCUCCAAUGCCACACCACCUACGCCCAGCGGCUCCACGCCUGCCGGUUCUUUGUCAGCCACGAAGGACCCGAGCAGCUGCGAUGCCUGCAGCUCUUCUUGAAGGCCUUCCGCCCCUACCGAGACCUGAAGAUCCGUUACUCGGAGAGGGACAGUCUGAGGGACUUCUUUGCGGACAUGCUUUUCUCUCUGGAGGAGAAGGCCGUGGCCAACGAGUCCUUCAAGACAGCCAUCCCUGCGGCCGCCGAGCACCUGGAGGAGGCGAUCAGUAAACUGAAGAAAGCCCCAGCCUGUGUCCCUCCUUGCGGUUUCCAGGAGGAGGCCCGGCGCUUCCGCUGCGAUUCCUGUUCCUCCGUCGACUGCGACCUCCCGCUGGACUGCGAUAUCCAGGACGUGUCGGUCCUCGAGGGCGGGCGGACCUCCUUCAACUGCACCGUGUUCUUCUCCACCCCCGAGGAGCUGCGCUACGGAUGGAAAUUCGCCCCCAACGUCCGGACCCGGGACCUCUCCUAUUUUCGGGACCUGCCGGGGUCCCACGGAGCCUUUGCUCGGAUCCGUCCCACGCGGAUCUCGCACCGGGGCACGUUCGCCUGCUUCCUCCAGGGCCCGAACCGACGCCUCCUGGCUCGACUCUUCUUCUACGUCAACGUGACAAGCCGCGCUCUGCUCGGGGAGGCAGAGCUGCAGACCAUGUUCCGGCAGGUCCUGAACCGGGCCCACGUCGAGGGAGACCAGGCCGAACCCUGGCACCCGACCCUCCUGGAGCUGCUGGCCCGGCCGGGGGCGCUGACCACCACCAACCUCAAGUUGCUCAUGGCCGGGGCCGGCCUCCUAGCCAUGAGCCUCACCCUACUUGCCGGGUUGCUGUAUCGCUGGUACAUGGGGUGAAGCUGAGGUGUUCACCCACCGUCACUCUCUUCGACCUUCCCCACCCUGGAAAUAAAGAUGUUUGCGACCCCCA